GGUCCUUCAGCCUCGUUCCCGGGCAGUAUAAAGUUUGCUGUCUCCUUUGUUCGCCCUCGUUGCGCAGUAGUGCUAGUGGCUUCUUCGUUCUUUCCUUGGACCCGGCAGCUGCCACUCGUGCUGAGGUGCUAGGGAGCUCUUGUAGGCGAGCUCAUAGGAGCUUGAAACCAUCGUCACCCCUCCGACUCAUCGGGGAAAAAUGGUUGAAGCAGAUCGCCCAGGAAAGCUCUUCAUUGGUGGGCUCAAUACGGAAACAAACGAGAAAGCCCUUGAAGCAGUAUUUGGCAAAUAUGGACGAAUAGUGGAAGUACUCCUGAUGAAAGACCGUGAAACCAACAAAUCAAGAGGAUUUGCUUUUAUCACCUUUGAAAGCCCAGCAGAUGCUAAGGAUGCAGCCAGAGACAUGAAUGGGAAGUCUUUAGAUGGAAAAGCCAUCAAGGUAGAACAAGCCACCAAACCAUCAUUUGAAAGUGGUAGACGUGGACCACCUCCACCUCCAAGAAGUAGAGGCCCUCCAAGAGGUCUUAGAGGCGGAAGAGGAGGAAGUGGAGGAACCAGGGGACCUCCCUCACGGGGAGGGCACAUGGAUGAUGGUGGCUAUUCCAUGAAUUUUAACAUGAGUUCUUCCAGGGGACCACUCCCAGUAAAAAGAGGACCACCACCACGAAGUGGAGGUCCUCCUCCUAAAAGAUCUGCCCCUUCAGGACCAGUUCGCAGCAGCAGUGGAAUGGGAGGAAGAGCUCCUGUAUCACGUGGAAGAGAUAGUUAUGGAGGUCCACCUCGAAGGGAACCCCUGCCCUCUCGUAGAGAUGUUUAUUUGUCCCCAAGAGAUGAUGGAUAUUCUACUAAAGACAGCUAUUCAAGCAGAGAUUACCCAAGCUCUCGUGAUACAAGAGAUUAUGCUCCGCCACCAAGAGAUUAUACUUAUCGUGAUUAUGGUCAUUCCAGUUCACGUGAUGACUAUCCAUCAAGAGGCUAUAGUGAUAGAGAUGGAUAUGGUCGUGAUCGUGACUAUUCAGAUCAUCCAAGUGGAGGCUCCUACAGAGAUUCAUAUGAGAGUUAUGGUAACUCACGUAGUGCUCCACCUACACGAGGGCCCCCGCCAUCUUAUGGUGGAAGCAGUCGCUAUGAUGAUUACAGCAGCUCACGUGACGGAUAUGGUGGAAGUCGAGACAGUUACUCAAGCAGCCGAAGUGAUCUCUACUCAAGUGGUCGUGAUCGGGUUGGCAGACAAGAAAGAGGGCUUCCUCCUUCUAUGGAAAGGGGGUACCCUCCUCCACGUGAUUCCUACAGCAGUUCAAGCCGCGGAGCACCAAGAGGUGGUGGCCGUGGAGGAAGCCGAUCUGAUAGAGGGGGAGGCAGAAGCAGAUACUAGAAACAAACAAAACUUUGGACCAAAAUCCCUGUUCAAAGAAACAAACAAAAAGUGGAAACUAUUCUGUCAUAACUACCCAAGGACUACUAAAAGGAAAAAUUGUGUUACUUUUUUUAAAUUUCCUGUUAAGUUCCCCUCCAUAAUUUUUAUGUUCUUGUGAGGAAAAAAGUAAAACAUGUUUAAUUUUAUUUGACUUUAUGACAUUGCUUUCAACAAGCAAAUGUUAAAUGUGUAAGACUUGACUUGUUGUACUAGUGUUGUAAUUUUCCAAGCAAAAGUGUCCCUAAAGGCCACUUCCUAUCUGAUUUUUCCCAGUAAAUAAGGCAAGCAAUUCUAAGAUCUUCCACAAACAUCUAGCCAUCUAAAAUGGAGAGAUGAAUCAUUCUGCCUAUACAAACAAGCUAGCUAUUAGAGGGUGGUUGGGGUAUGCUACUCUUAGGAUUUCAGGGUGUCUUCAAACUGAAAUCUCAAUGUUCUCAGUAUGAAAAACCUGAGAUCAGAUGCCUAUGUAAGGAAAGUGCUAUUCACCCAGUAAACCCAAAAAAGCAAAUGGAUAAUGCUGGCCAUAUUUUGCCUUUCUGACAUUUCCUUGGGAAUCUGCAAGAACCUCCCCUUUCCCCUCCCCCAAUAAGACCAUUUAAGUGUGUGUUAAACAACUACAGAAUACUAAAUAAAAAAGUUUGGCCAAAACCAACCAUGAAGCUGCAAACGGUGCUUGCUCUUACUGUUUCAAAUUUUUGCAACUCUGUAGUGUCUCACUUUUAAAGGAACAGCUUGAUUGCAAAGGAGAAAAUAGAUAAGCAAUGAAGUUAUCUCCAACUUCCUAAAGGCUUAUGACUUCUAAAAAGUGAAUCUAUCAGCAUUCCACAUCAGAUUUAAAGCAUCAAAUGCCUGUGAAACAGCAAAGAUGGUUGAGAAUUAUGGUCAUUAUGGUCAUGGAGUGCUGAUUUAUUCACAGUAGAUAAAGCUGGCUGCAAGAGAAAUCAAAUGCUAAGAGUUGUUGAAGCACAAGGCUGAUUGGAGAUAAGUCACAACAGUUACAUAAGCAGUGCUGUCAGAAUUGGUUUGGUGCAGGCAAUAGAUUUUGCCUUCAAGGGUUCCUGUGGAUCUGAGGAAGGCAUCAGUGUUGAUUUAACACUUAACUAGGGAGUGGUAAUUACUUAACACAAGUAAUUGACCAAAUGGAGAAAGGGAAGCAAUUAAGGAAAUUGGUAAGUGGAGGUAGUCAGGAAGUUCUUGUGGUUCUUUAUGUAGAUUUUAUAGUUUUGGCUUUCGUUUUGUUUAGCUAAAGUCAUGGGGGCAACUUGAAUUAGAAAAAAUGUUUGGACAUAAGUGGUAACUAUCCAGUGAAGUGUGAUUUUCAGCAAGUGAAACUUUGGCUAUAGUUUAUCCAGAAGUAGUUAAGUUGUAGAACAAAACUUAGAAGUAACAUCUAGAAACGAAAGUAGCAACUGGAAAACACACUUGGAGCUGGAAACAAUUAGGCCUCUUGGCUUUCUUUCACUGUAUUGUUUUGUAACCUCGUUUACUCCCACUUCCCAAUCUUGGAUACAAAUUAUGAUACAAUUUUAGUUUAUUGCUUUGGAGACUAGAGCCAAUCGUAUUAUAAUAUUCUCAAAGAAAACAGAUAUGAGUUGUUCUGUUAGAGGAACUAACUCAGCCUCUGAGAUUUUUGUUUGUUUGUUUAGUAAUUAUGUCAUUGCUGUAUUUAACAUUUGCAGUUGGGGGAAAUAAUCAAGUUUUUAACCCUCAUUUGACAGACUUAGUUACAGAUCAUGAGGGUAAUGACAAUUUCUAUAGUAGUUGCACUUCCCAUAGCUGUCUUAGCUCAAUCCUUCCCUACUCUUAAUUACUUGGGUUAAUGCUUCUGUGAGGACCUUCUGGCUCUUGAGAUUUUAUUUAGAUAUCCUAAAGAUAGUAUAGAAUAUAGAGAUUAAGUGUGGCAAAUAAUGAGUAUUAAAUUCAAAGUAAGGAGUAUGUUUUAAUGAUCAGACACUUGUUUAACAAAUAGUUUACUGACCUAGCAGACUUGGUGGAAAAAGAAUCAGUCUUGAUUCUUCUGCCUUUUAUACCAGUUGUAAAAGAAACGGAAUGUUAUAGAAAAUGUCUUCCUUGUUUAAUUGGUAGUUGAACAUAGAACUUAGGUAUAUAGAUCACUUUUUGGAAUGUUUUGUAUUUAAACAAUAAAAUUUAACAUACAUCUUAUUUGUGGCAAGGAGCUCUUUUUUACUGUUGAACUUAGGAAUUUAUUUAGGCUAUUAAGUGUUACAUGUUCCCCUACUCCAAACACUAGCUCUUUUGCACAGCUGGUACUUAAUCAGUUUCAAAGGAAUGUUCAGAGACAUUGAGGUUGUCUGUUCCUAUGACUAGGCCUCUUUUAUUAGGAGUGAGCUUCAGGCGUAUUUCAGAUUCUGGACUUAAUCCUCACUCUAAAAAUUAAGUGGGAGCAAUCACACCUAAGAAUUAGAGGUUAAAAUGCCAGGGGUCUACUGUAGUAGCGCUUUUACUUAUUUCCUAUUUAACUCUUGAUGGGGGGGGGUGAUAAACAGGUCAGCAACAAUUUGGUUGUGGCUGUGGAUCUCAAACACUUUUGACCAAGUCCUUCAGCAGUGUUAAACCAGCAGCACUUACUGAUGUACUUAUGUAUUGACAGUUUUUAGAUUCUCAGCUUUGCCUACUGUCUUGUAUGUAUCUGCCUCUAAUUGGUGUUCAUUUGCACCUAAAACAAGAAUUUGCAUUUAGGUUAUGUAGCCAGAUAACAGAACUCAUCACAUGGAAAAAGAAUGCAGCUAAGUAUUAAGAUAGCAGAGAAAGCCCUUAGUGUCAUUUUGUAGGUAGCCUUAGCUCCACACCUAUUUUUUUCCAAAAAAAGUCUGUCCAUCCAUCCUAUUGAUACUUUAUAUAUUGCACACAUCCAUGUGCUUCUCUGAAAAAUGUUUUAACUUCUGUAUCACUGAUGAAGUCAAUGCUUAGGGAUUUUUGAGAUAAAAUUUAAAUCUGAAAUGUUUCAAGUAUUAAGUGUACCAUUCUGUGAACUGUAAUAAAUGCAUGUACUGUACUCUUACCAAGAUGAGAAUAUUGCCAUCACAGAGUUAUCUUGUGGCCCUUCCCAGACAAUUCUUGCCCUUAUCCCUCAGAGAUAAACUUUCAGUUUUUCUAAUUUUCACAGAUGAGCUUUACCUGUUCUGGAACAUCAAAUAAAGGCUGUCACAACGUAUGGAGCCUUGCAAUGCUUUCAUUGAGCAAAGUAGUUGAGAGUUGCCAUGUAUAUAUCAGUUCUUUUUAUUGCUGAGUGUGAGUACAGUACAGUGAGCUACUGAUGGAAACAUGAGCCUUUUCUAGUUUUUGGCUAACAUUUCUAUGUAUGCUCAAGUCUUUAUGUAAUUACUGAGAUGAAAACAGGUGUGGAUUGCUAGAUCAUAGGAUAGAUGUAUAGUUUUAUGAGAAAUGUCAGACAUUUUUUCCAUAGUAGUAAUAUUUUUCUUAGUAAUGGUUUGUGUGAGUUCAGAUUACCCUCAUUAAUAUUUAGUGGUUUUAGCCAUUCUGUUGAACACAUUGUGGUUCACUUUAUCCCCUGAGAAACAAUGAAUAGCACUUAUAUUUAUGGUGAAAUGCACAGAUCUCAAAUGUACAAUUUGGUCAGUCUUGAGACAUGUUUAGACAUAUCAAGUCAGAACAUGUUGCUCACUCCAGAAAGUUUCCAUGUGCCUCUUAUCAGUCAGCCUACCUCCUGACACCAGAGAAGUACUGACCUGCUUUCUGUUGUAUUUUUGCGUAUUUUAAUACUUAAUGUAAAUUGAAAUUCUACAUCAAUGUAGUUUGUGUCUAGCUACUUUCAGCAUGCUUUUGAGAUUCGAUCCAUGUAGCGUGAAUGUUCUUUUUUGUUGAAGAGUAGAAUUCCCAGUGUAUGAAGUAAUAGUUUGUUAAUGGUCACUUGGGCUGUUUCCAGUUUUGGGUUAUUAUGGAUAAUACUGCUAUGGAUAUUCUUGUACAAGUCCUGGACGUAUUUUCAUUUCUUACAGAUAAAUAUCUUGGUGUAGAAUUGAUGAGGUGAUAGGGUAGAUAAUAUACAGUAAAUCUUCAACACCACUGAUGGGUUCUUCGAAAUAGUGACUUUAAUUGAAAUGAUGUAUAAUGAAAACCAAUUUUACCAUAGGCUAAUUGAUAUAAGAAUAAGAUUCCUACAGCACAUUUUUGGUCACAAAACAAAACCAAACUUGCAAAUAAAGACCAAAAAACUAGUAAUAUUAACCCUUUGUCCCUCAGAUGUCCCGUCUCAGGGAACAUAAAGAGAUUGCUGAUGAUUAUAUAGGACAAACUUGGGCCAGUGUGAAUUUUUCAAAAAUGUAUGUUUCCUUGAAGUUUUCCAUUAAAAUUGCAUGAAAAAGCAAAUAAAGGGAUGGAAUAUAUACUGAUAUCUAUGUUUUUAAAAAAGCUGGCAUUACAGAGAAUGUGUGAAGUACUUUCACAGUGGUGUACAGACUGAACAAUAAAUUAUUAAUGUGGGAGAAAAAAAUGAGACUACAUUGCUCAAAUAGAAAAACAAGUGGAAGAUGUCAAACAUUACUAUUGCACAUGUAUCAAUGAGCCUGCAAUGCAUGUCAAUGACUGUUUCACAUGUUAGAAAUAUAUAAGAUUUUGAUCUUUUUUGUCAAAUAAGUUCCUCAAUGUCCAAAAUUCCAUUGCAAUCUAAAUACCACAAUAAAAUACUUGGUUCCAA